AUGCACCCUCCUCUCAUUUCCUUUAUUACUUUGUGCCGCAGUCUUGCAGUUUCUUUGUUCGUCUACCACCCAAAAUGCCAUUAUUUCUCACUUUUCCUUUAUUACUUUGUCUGCAGUUACGCAGUUUUCUUUGUUCGUCUGCCACCCAAAAUGCCAUUAUUUCUCGCUUUUUCCUUUUAUUACUUUGUCUGCGAGUUCUUGCAGUUUUCUUUGUUCAUCUGCCAAAAUGCACCAUUACUCCUCAUUUUCCUUUAUUACUUUGUCUGCGAGUUCUUGCAAUUUCUUUAUUCGUCUGCCACCAAAAAUACCAUUACCCUCAUUUUUCCUUUAUUACUUUGUCUGCGCGUUCUUGCAAUUUUCUUUGUUCGUCUGCCACCCAAAUAUGCCAUUACUUCUCGUUUUCCUUUAUUACUUUGUCUGCGCGUUCUUGCAAUUUUCUUUUCUACUCACCCAAAAUCUUAUUUCCGCUUUCCUUGUGAUAGUUGUCUUGCAAUUCUUGCAAUUUCUUUGUUCUCUACCACCCAUCUUACCAUUAUUCUCAUUCCCUUUAUUACUUUGUCUGCACCAUUCUUGCAAUUUUUUCUUUGUUCCUCUAUUACCCAAAAUGCCAUUAUUUCUCUCUUUCCUUUAUUACUUUGUCUGCAGUUCUUGCAUUUUUCCCUUUAUUCAUCUGCCACCCAAAAUCCAUUAUUCUCAUUUUUUCCCUUAUUACUUUUGUCUCCGUCUGCGCUUUCUUGCAUUUCUUUCAUCUGCCACCCAAAAUACCAUUAUUUCUCAUUUUCCUUUAUUACUUUGUGUGCAGUUCUUGCAGUUUUUCUUUGUUCGUCUGCCACCCAAAUACCGUGUUCUUCCUUUUUCCUUUAUUACCUUUGUCUGCGAGUUCUUGCAAUUUUCUUUAUUCAUCUGCCACCCAAAAUUCCAUUACUCAUUUUCCUUUGUUACUUUUGUCUGCAGAUUCUUACAUUUUCUUUGUUCAUCUGCCACCCAAAAAUACCAUUCUCCCUCUUUCCUUUAUUACUUUGUCUUUUGCAAAAUUCUUGCAAUUUUUUCUUUGUUCAUCUGCCACCCAAAUACCAUUAUUUCUCGCUUUCCUUUAUUACUUUGUCUGCAGUUCUUGCAAUUUUCUUUGUUCCUCUACCCACCCAAAAUCAUUACUUCUCAUUUUCCUUUAUUACUUUGUCUGCAAUUCUUGCAAUUUUCUUUAUUCAUCUGCCACCCAAAAUACCAUUCUCCUCCCUUUCCUUUAUUACUUUGUCUGCAGUUCUUGCAAUUUCUUUGUUCAUCUGCCACCCAAAAAUACCAUUAUUUCUCAUUUUCCUUUAUUACUUUUUUCUUGCAGUUUUCUUUGUUCCUCUGCCACCCAAAAUACCAUUAUUUCUCCUUUCCUUUUAUUACUUUGUCUGCAAUUCUUGCAAUUUUCUUUGUUCCUCUGCCACCCAAAACUAUUUCUCAAUUACUUUGUCUUGCAAUUUCUUGCAGUUUUCUUUAUUCCUCUACCACCGUUUAUUUCCUUUCCUUUAUUACUUUGUUUGCAAUUUUCUUUUUUUGUUCAUCUGCCACCCAAAAUACCAUUACUCCUCGCUUUCCUUUAUUACUUUUGUCUCCGUUCUUGCAGUUUUUCUUUGUUCGUCUGCCACCCAAAAUACCAUUACUCCUCGCUUUCCUUUAUUACUUUGUCUCCGAAGUUCUUGCAGUUUUCUUUGUUCGUCUGCCACAAAUACCAUUAUUUCUCGCUUUCCUUAUUACUUUGUCUGCGAGUUCUUGCAGAUUUUCUUUGUUCCUCUGCCACCCAAAAUGCCAUUAUUUCUCCCUUUCCUUUAUUGCUUUGUCUGCGAGUUCUUGCAGUUUUCUUUGUUCGUCUGCCACCCAAAAUGCCAUUACUCCUCCUUUCCUUUAUUGCUUUGUCUCCGAGAUUCUUUGAUUUUCUUUGUUCCUCUGCCACCCAAAAGUACCAUUGUUCCUCGCGCUUUCCUUUAUUACUUUGUCUGCGAGUUCUUGCAGUUUCUUUGUUCUCCUUACCCAAAUACAUCUAUUUCUCACUUUCCUUUAUUACUUUGUCUGCAAUUCUUGCAAUUUUUUCUUUGUUCCUCUACCACAAAAUGCCAUUACUCCCUCACUUUCCUUUAUUACUUUGUCUGCAGUUCUUGCAAUUUUUCUUGUUCAUCUGCCACCAAAAUACCAUUAUUUCUCGCUUUCCUUUAUUACUUUGUCUGCAAUUCUUGCAAUUUUCUUUAUUCAUCUGCCACCCAAAUACCAUUCUCCUCGCUUUCUUUAUUACUUUGUCUGCAAGUUCUUGCAAUUUCUUUGUUCGUCUGCCACCCAAAAUGCCAUUACUUCUCCUUUCCUUUAUUACUUUGUCUGCGAGUUUCUUGCAGUUUUCUUUGUUCGUCUGCCACCCAAAAUGCCAUUAUUUCUCGCUCCUUUGUUAACUGUCUGCAGUUCUUGCAGUUUUCUUUUGUUCCUCUGCCACCCAAAUACCAUUACUUUCUCACUUUCCUUUUAUUACUUUGUCUGCAGUUCUUGCAGUUUUUCUUUGUUCGUCUGCCACCCAAAAUGCCAUUAUUUUCUCCUUUCCUUUUUAUUACUUUGUCUGCGAGUUCUUGCAGUUUUUCUUUGUUUCUCUGCCACCAAAUGCCAUUACUCCUCGCUUUCCUUUAUUACUUUGUCUCUGCGAGAAUUCUUGCAGUUUUUCUUUCAUCUGCCACCCAUCUGUUAUUUUCCCUUUCACUAUUACUUUGUGUCGUCUUGCAAUUUUCUUUGUCAUCUACCCAAAAAUACCAUUAUUUCUCAUUUUCCUUUAUUACUUUUUGUCUGCAGUUCUUUUAUUUUCUUUUGUUCCUCUCCACCCACAAAAAUACCAUUACUCCUCCUUUCCUUACCCUUUGUCUGCAAUUCUUGCAAUUUUCUUUAUUCAUCUACCUGCCACCCAAAUACCAUUAUUUCUCAUUUUCCUUUAUUACUUUGUGUGAGAAGUUUCUGCAAUUUUCUUUGUUCGUCUGCCACCCAAAAUACCAUUACUUCUCAUUUUCCUUUAUUACUUUUGUCUCCAGGGUUACUUGCAGUUUUCUUUGUUCGUCUGCCACCCAAAAAUGCCGUAUUUCAUUUUCCUUUAUUACCGCUGUCUGCGAGAAGUUCUUGCAAUUUUCUUUGUUCGUCUGCCACCCAAAAUACCAUUAUUUCUCGCUUUCCUUUGGCCCCACUUUGUCUGCGGAAGUUCUUGCAGUUUUUCUUUGUUCCUCUGCCACCCAAAUGCCAUUACUCCUGCUUUCUUUAUUACUUUGUCUGCGAGUUCUUGCAGUUUCUUUGUUCAUCUACCACCAUGCAUUUAUUUCUCAUUUUCCUUUAUUACUUUGUCUGCAAGUUCUUACAAUUUUCUUUGUUCAUCUGCACCACCCAAAAUACCAUUAUUUCCUUUCUUUAUUACUUUGUCUGCAGUUCUUGCAAUUUUUCUUUGUUCAUCUACCACCAAAUACCAUUAUUUCUCCCUUUCCUUUAUUACUUUGUCUGCAGAAAUUUCUUGCAGUGUUCGUCUGCCACCCAAAAUGCCUUACUCUCUUUUCCUUUUUUACUUCUGCAGUUCUUGCAGUUUUCUUUGUUCCUCUACCACAAAAUACCAUUCUCCUCUUUCCUUUAUUACUUUGUCUGCAGUUCUUGCAGUUUUCUUUGUUCAUCUACCACAAAUACCAUUCUCCCUCAUUUUCCUUUAUUACUUUGUCUGCGCAUUCUUACAUUUUUCUUUGUUCAUCUACCCAAAAUGCCAUUCUCCCUUUUUCUUUGUUACUCUGUCUGCAGCAUCUUGCAAUUUUCUUUGUUCAUCUGCCACCCAAAAUACCAUUACUCCUUUUUCCUUUAUUAAAUUUAUGUCUAAGUUCUUGCAGUUUUCUUUGUUCGUCUGCCACCCAAAAUGCACCAUUACUCCUCGUUUUUUCCUUUAUUACUUUGUCUGCGCGUUCUUGCAAUUUUCUUUGUUCCUCUACCACCAAAAUACCAUUCUCCUCAUUUCCUUUAUUACUUUGUCUGCACGUUCUUGCAGUUUUUCUUUGUUCAUCUACCACCCAAAAAUACCAUUAUUUCUCAUUUUCCUUUAUUACUUUGUCUGCAGUUCUUGCAGUUUUUCUUUGGUUCAUCUGCCACCCAAAAUGCCAUUUACUUCUCGCUUUCCUUUGUUACUUUGUCUGCAGUUCUUGCAAUUUUCUUUAUUUCAUCUGCACCCAAAGCAACAUUAUUUCUCACUUUCCUUUAUUACUUUGUCUGCAAGUUCUUGCAGGCUUUUUUCUUCCUUCCACCCAUCUUACCCUCCCAAAAUUCUUGCCAUUCAUCCCCUCCUUUCCCUUUCCUUUAUUACUUUGUCUGCGAAGUUCUUGCAGUUUUUCUUUUGUUCGUCUGCCACCCAAAUACCAUUACUCCUCGUUUUCCUUCAUUUUGUCUGCAAUUCUUGCAGUUUUCUUCAUUCUCUUAUUACUCUCCUUUUCUUUAUUACUUUGUGUACGAGUUUCUUGCAGUUUUCUUUGUUCGUCUGCCAAUACCAUUAUUCCUCCCUUUCCUUUAUUACUUUGUCUGCAGUUCUUGCAGUUUUCUUUGUUCAUCUGCCACCCAAAAAAAAGCCUUUUCUUUGUUCGUCUGCCACCAAAAUACCAUUACUCUCAUUUUCCUUUAUUACUUUUGUCUUCUUGCAAUUUUCUCUUUGUUCUCUGCCACCAAAUUUCUUUGUUCAUCUUGCCACCGUCUAAAAUGCCAUUACUCCUCUUUCUUUUAUUACUUUGUCUGCAGAGUUCUUGCAGGAUUUUUUUCGUCUGCACCAAAUACCAUUUUCCCCUCAAUUUUCCUUUUUCCUUUCUCUGUCUGCGAGUUUCUUCUUUUCUUUGUUCGUCUGCCACCCAAAAUGCCAUUAUUUCAAUAAAUCCUUUGUUAAUUGUCUGCAACUCAAUUUUACGCCUCUUUCCAUUAUUUUCUCUACUUUCCUUCUAUCCGCUUUUUCUUGCAAUUUCUUUAUUCGUCUGCCACCCAAAUGCCAGUAUUUCUCGUUUUCCUUUAUUACUUUGUCUGCAAUUCUUGCAAUUUUCUUUGUUCAUCUACCACCCAUGCCAUUAUUUCACUUUCCUUUAUUACUUUGUCUGCGAGGUUCUUACAUUUUCUUUUGUUCAUCUGCCACCAUCACCAUUAUUCUCACUUUUCACUUUAUUACUUUGUCUGAAAUUCUUGCAAUUUUCUUGUUCAUCUACCACCAUCUACCAUUAUUUCUCUUUUCUUAUUACACUUUGUGCAGAGUUCUUGCAAUUUUCUUUGUUCAUCUGCCACCCAAAAAUACAUUAUUCUCACUUUCCUUUAUUGCUUUGUCUGCAAGUUCUUGCAAUUUUCUUUAUUUCAUCUACCACCCAAAAUACCAUUAUUUCUCACUUUCCUUUGUUCGUCUGCCACCCUUGCAUUUUGCUUUGUUCACUGCCACCUCCAUUAUUUCCAUUUUCCUUUAUUACUUUGUCUGCAAUUUUUUUUUUUUUUUUUUUUAAAAUUUUCCCCCCUUUUCCUUUUUCUUUUUUUUUUUUUUUUUUUUUUUUUUUUUUCCCCCCCCCCAAAAAUUUCCUUUUUUUUUUUUUAUUUUUUUUUUUUUCCCAAUUUUUUUUUCCCCCCAAAAUUUUUUUUCCCCCGCUUUCCUUUUUUUUUUUUUUCCCCCCUUUUUUUUUCCCCCCCCUUUUUUUUUCUUUUUUUUUUUUUUUUGGGGUUCCCCGUUUUUCUUUUUUUUUUUUAAAAUUUUUUUUUUUUUUUUUUUAA